UAUAAAUACGACUCGUCUUUCCUCAAUGCUCGCCAUCGCACAAUGGAGAAUGCAGAGACUGAAACGGAAACGACGCCGUACAAGCUUCUGCUCUCUUGCCCAUCUGGUCUUUCGCCAUCACAGGUCUCUGUGGUUUUUGACGAACUAUAUGACCGAAUCCCCCAUCCAGAUAUCAACUUGGAGAAUUCUAUUUCUGAGAUAUGGGACCAAAGGGUUCAGAAAAAUCCAUCGUUGUACAACGGUACAAAGUUCAGGGUAUGUGGAUCUGCUUUGACAAUGAAACUUAUCAUGGACAUCAUAUAUGGCAUGAUGGAGGACCUAACCAAGAGUCUCAUGACUUUUGUGGGAACAAACUUAAAUCCUUUAUGGGAAAUGUUCCUAGCUCCAUCAGAAGAUGAUGCUAUACGAUGUCAGCACACCUCAAGUCCGUUGGGUAAUGCUGCUAUUGUGGAGACAUCUGACAAGAAAAUUCUUGUGUUGCAAAGAAGUCACAAUGUUGGGGAAUUUCCUGGACACUUUGUUUUCCCAGGAGGCCAUCCAGAGCCCCAAGAAGUCGGUAUAGUAUCUCAUCAUCACAAAGACUUAACAGACUCCAAACUUCUCAACAAGAAGGUUUCUCAGGAGAUGUUCGACAGCAUUGUUCGUGAGGUGGUUGAAGAAAUUGGAGUACCUUCAGAUUCCCUUUACGAGCAGGUUUUCAUAGGUAUAUCCCGCAGGAAGUUGAAUGUGAGACCAGCUGCAUUUUUCUUCAUGAAAUGCAGUCUCAGCUCAAAGGAAAUUCAGCAAAUGUAUUCUACUGCACAAGACAGCUUUGAGUCAACUCAGCUUUAUACAGUUUCAAUGACUGAGUUGGAGAAAAUGGCAUCUAAAAUGCCAGGUUGCCAUGAAGGCGGAUUUGCUCUAUAUAAGUCAAUGGUAGAAGCUGGAAUGUCUGAUGCAAGAGCAUAAGUACUGCUCAAAGUUGUCGGCCUCUAGUGUCUCAGCAGCUUCCAAGAACAUAUCUAAGCUUGAAUUCUCUUUCCUCGUUAUGUUAUUAUUUCUUAAGAAUUAGUUCUUAUGCACCAACACAUUAUCAUAGACAGGUAUUGGUGUGUCAUUGUUGCAAAAGACUAGUCCUAUAUCGUUCUACCACGUGUAAUCAAACAUGGAGUGACAAGCGCUCUUAAGUUGGGAACAAAUCAGAUUAGGGUGCUUUUGCCAAUACAAUGGUCUACGAGUGUAUGUUCAGGACUCUCGAUUAUGAUAUGGUUGUGAUUUUUGCGCUGA